UCGACGUGUGUUGAAGGCAGCCUGAAGCUCCACUAGCACUAAGUCCACUUAAAAAAUUCCUACUUAUUUUUAGGACCUAUCGUCCUAUUCAUGAUUAAAUAUUUCGCUUUUUUUGGGAUUUCUCAUUUCUGUUAUAAUUGUAGAGUAUGGACUUAAGUUUUAAAUUGUAGAAUAGUUGUUGCUGUCACAGCCUCACUUAGGUAUAUCCCAUCACUGGUGAAAAUUAUCUGAAUCGUCUGCGUUUUGUUGCGAAGUGCGAAAAGGUACAACGGCAGUCGUACUUGUAAAUUGGCAGCCCAGGACGAAAUAAUCGUGUAAACUGUAAACCUCCUGAUUCAACUUGUUCAAUUUGACCAGCAUGGCGGAAGAAGAAGAUCAGUCAGGCGGAUUGGAAGGAUUAGAAGGCGGUUUGCAAGGUGGAGGCCCGCGAAAAAAAGGGAAUAUUCUUCCUAUAUGGGGGAACGAAAAAACCAUGAACCUGAACAAUAUGAUCCUGACUAACAUCCAGCAAUCACCGUAUUAUAAAGUUACGCUCGGUGAACUUCGGACUUAUCACGAGAUCGUGGACGAAAUCUAUAACAGCGUGAAUCACUUGGAGCCGUGGGAAAAAGGCAGUCGACGCACUUCUGGGCAAAUUGGAAUGUGUGGAGGAGUGCGAGGGGUUGGAGCUGGUGGAAUUGUGUCGUCAGCAUUCUGUCUAGUGUACAAAUUGUUCACUACUCGUCUUACUCGCAAACAGUUGAAUUCCCUUAUUAAUCACCAGGAUUCGCCAUUUCUGCGUGGCGUGGGUUUCAUGUACAUUCGCUACUGUCAGCCUCCAGCGGAUUUGUGGGAAUGGUAUGAGCCAUAUUUGGACGAUAAAGAUGAAGUGGAUCCCAAAGCAGGCGGCGGUGACUAUAUGACGAUUGGUCAAAUGGUGCGCCAUUUCCUUACUCGUCUGGAUUGGUACGGCACCCUGUUUCCCCGCAUUCCAGUUCCGAUUCAGAAAUUAAUUGACCAAAAAUUAACUGAACGUCGCCAGCAAGAGAUGCAACGGUUUAAUCGACCAGCUGACCGUCGAGAUGGUGGACCCAGGGAGCAUGCCGAUCGGUCUGCGGGUUCUCAGGUACCCGUAGAGAAAGACAACCGCAGAAGAUCCCCUGAGCGUGUGGGCAAACGGUCUCCGUCACCUCGUCGUUCACCAAUGCGUGGUGGCCGUCGACCCCCUAGCCCGGCCCGUCGGAAACGCUCUCCAUCGCCUCCGCGCCGCCGGCGUUCGCCCUCUCCGCGGCGGAAGCGAUCAGCUUCUCCUGCCGUGCGCCGCAAGCGGUCUCCAUCUCCCAAACGGAAGCGCUCCCCUUCUCCCGAUCGUGAUAGGAAAAAGAGAACGGAGUCUUCUAGAGCAGUGUCUCCCGGUAGAUCAAAAAGAAAUGAAGGAAACAGGAAAAAAUCGGCGUCGCCAGUGCGCAUAAAGAAAUCGUCAUCUCCGGAUGCAAAGACCAGGCGGGAAAAGUUGGAAGUCAACUUGGAAAAACGUUCGGCUUCUCCACAGCCAAAAAAAGUGAGCGUUGUAAAUGCGUCGCGAUUUGGCAGAAACGAGGCCGCAGGUGAAACAGAUGAUUUGGCUGCUUUGAUUGAGCGAGAAAAGGAAAGACAGCGGCGGAGUAAAUAUGAGGAGAUCGAUGGCGGCAAAUCAACGAAGCCCAAACGUGAAGAUGGCCCAUCUGCCAAUGACAGUGAUGCUGAGGCAAAAGGUUCUAAGGAUACGGAGAAGGAAAAAGAACACCAUCACAAGAAGAAACACAAGAAGCAUAAGCACCACAAACACGAUAAAGAGGACAAGGUGGAACGUGUUAGCCGCUCCCUUAGCAAGGAUAAAUGAAGGAUUAUGAGUGCUGUAUGAGUAACUAACCGAAUCGAUUGCUCGUUUUUAUCCACUUUUUACUAACACCUACCUCUAAGCCUUCGAGACGUGCUGGGGUAUAAGUUCGAACAUUUUUCAUCUUUUUUACGUAUCACAAAUGUGCACUAUUCUUGGCUUGCUUGGGUGUUCGCCAUCUUUGUAGACAACGCAAGUAAAUUCAAAAUUGA